AAUUUACCCGGAAUUCACAAAAAAAAAAAUUUUAUCUGCGUCGAUCAUAAUAUUUCCUACAACUUCACGUGUUUCAUUCUCAUUUCCAAGUCUGAUCAAGUAAAUAAAGAUUGCGUCAUGCAUCUGAUGUAAACGCAUUCUAAUCAUGCGCUCUGCGCUCCGCCGGUACUGCCUUGCAAGAAAUCACGAGUCAUUCACGGAUUCCAACGCCACAUCUCGCUCUGCGGUUUUCGUAGCGAAAUGAGUGAGAUAAUUGUAAAGCACCCGCAAUUAAAAUGGCGGUACUUUCGAAACAGCAGUGUGAUAUUAAUGUUGCUCCGAUUAUCAAAACAUUCAAGAAUACAAUACCAACAAUCAAAAAUGGUGUCUAGCCGCAUUGCCACAUAAAAUUUUUUUAUGCGCCGUCUGACAUUUGACACGUCAGCAAAGACAUUACCACACCCUCUUGACGCAUUGUCGGCUACUAUUGUGUAUACUUUUCGACCCUGAAAUAAGUUCCGCAGCGUCUAACACGUUCAGUGAGUUUUCCUAUGUGCCGUUUCGAUAGUAGUAAUGAAAAAUAAAAAAAAUCCUAUUUUUGUUCAACAUUUUUUAAUGUCGUUGAAGAAUCGUUGGUUUUCGCAACAUUUUUAUAUCCAAGAUGGAAAAAGAUUUAUCGCAACUGACGAAAGUGAGCAAAUUGUUUACGGAAGGAACACUUCAAGAAAUUUUACGACAGUCGAGUGGCGAAAAAAAUGUCACUGUGACAGGUUGGACGUUUGAGCCAAAAGCUGCCAUCGGUGACAGUUAUUUGUCAGAAGUUGACAGGAUGGCCAUCCAUGGAGAGUCCGAGGGCAAACCAAUCAUGGUCCGACUCGUUGUUAAAUCACUGCCGAAGAAUAUCGGUCGAAGGAAAACUUAUAGAAGCACUGACUUCUUCUACAAUGAAAUUACUUUCUAUCAAAAGAUAGUACCUGAAUUUAUACAGUUUCUUGAAUCUAAAGGUCAAAAGCAGAUGCUAGUAGUUCCGCCAUGUCUAUCCGCACUAGCCGAUGGUGAGAACGACUAUAUCGCUCUACAAGAUGUCAGAGACUUUGGUUAUGGGCCAGUUGCACGUUUAGAAACUCUUACUCUUGAAGAAAUGACGUUUCUCCUGCAGGGUAUGGCAAACUUUCAUGCAGUGUCGUUCGCAUACAAGGACCAGAAUAAAGAGAAAUUCGACAAGCUUGCUGACAAGCUCAUUGAGACAUACUUUUCCAAUAACCACUGGGAUUGGUACAAGAACUUCCAUGCAAUUUCAAUUCGCGUGACUAGAGAUGCAAUGGCAAAAGAAUAUCCUGAUCAUCCAGCAGAAAUGAAAUUGAAGUCUCAUUACGAACCUGCGAAGAAACUUUGGGAUAAAAGUGUUAGCUUCUGCAGUCGCCGGCAUGCACCUACGUCAGUGAUAAACCAAGGCGAUUCUUGGGCACCAAAUUUUUUGAUGCGAGUCAACGAGAAUGAUGGCAAAAAACAAGCACUAUUACUCGACUUCCAACUGGCCAGAGUUGCCAGUCCGAUACUCGAUAUAUCUUUUCUUAUCUAUGCUUGCAGCAACAAAGAACUUUUGGACAAUCACUUUGACGAUAUGUUGAAAACUUAUCAUUCUACGCUUUCGAAUGGCAUUAAAGCGCUUGGUUCUGAUCCUGAAAAAAUCUAUCCUUGGUUCUUGUUUGAGGAGGAGGUAAAGGAACAAUGGAUUCACGGGAUGAAUUUUGCGAUGGAAGCAAUACCUUUCAGCAUGCUAGACUCUUCAGAAGCUUUUGAUCUCAACAUUAUAAAGGGCGAUGAAGCUGUUGACAUUGCCGACAUAUGGCAAGUUCAAAACAUCAAAACAACCGAGGGCAGACAUCGGCUAGCUGAUGUUAUUGUGCACGCUCAUUCGAGAGGCUUCAUGUAAUAAUAACGUGACAGGAUAAAAAGCAGAACCAAGAAUGAGAUUCAACCUUGUUCUGCCACCCAGUAUCCGAGCUCGUACAAAUUUAGAGUAACAAUCUAAUCAUAAGGCUCAACAAUUCAGGGGAAGAAAGGGAACAAUGUUUAACAUGACCAGAAGAAUUUUGUCAAAUAAAUAAAUAUAAACGAUAUUGUAUUCGUAUAAUCUUACAACAAGAUAAGUAUCAUUGAAAAUAUAAUAUAUGUGUAGAUAAAAAAUUUCGUAGUGCCUCA